AUGGCUAGCUUCUACAAUGUUGCAGUAGUUACUUGGAAUGAUAGCUACUACAACGCUGUAGCAGCUAAUUCGACUGUUAGCUGCUACAAUGUUGUAGUAGCUACUAGGAAUGAUAGUUGCUAUAAUGUUAUAUCAUCUAAUUCGACUGUUAGCUGCUACAAUGUUGUAACAACUAUUUGGAAUGAGAGCUACUACAAUGAUGUAUCAACUAAUUCAACGGCUAGCUGGUCGACGACUAGAUGCUACAAUGGUGUAGCAGCUAUUUUGAUAAGUAACUGCUAUAAUGGUGUAACAACUACUUCGACAGCUAGCUGUUACAAUGUUGCAGCAGCUACUUGGAAUGUUAAUUGCUAUAAUGGUUUAGCAGCUACUUCGAUGACUAGCCGCUACAAAAUUAUUGUAGUUACUUUGACAAGUAGCUGCUACAACAUUGUAGCAGCUACUUCGACAAGUAAUUGCUACAACGAUGUAGCAGCUAUGUCGAUGGCUAGCUGCUACAAUGUUGUAGCAACAACUUUGAAGGUGUAG